CCUCCGUCCUCCCACCAACUUCCGGGAGGUAGGCGAGCACCCAUCCCCAUGGCGAGUCUCCUUUCCUCCUCCGUGCUCCUGCCCGUCGGCCACCCCACCUCCCGCUGCAGCGCCAAGGUCUGGGGCCUCCUCUCCUUGGCCGCGCCGGAGGACACCAAGGUCUGCGGCCUCCUCCCGGUCCCGGCGACCUCACGCGGGAGCGCUCACGUGGUGCUCGCGGUGCCGGAGGGCGCCACGGGCGGCUUCCUCUCCUUGGAGGCGCCGGAGGACACCAAUGUCUGGGGCCUCCUCCCGGCCAACGCCACCAAGGCCACGCGCGGGAACGGCAUCGUCGCGCUCGCGGUGCCGGAGGGCGCUUCGGGCGGCUGGGGCCUCCUCCCGGCCAACGCCACCAAGACCUCGCGGCGCGUCCUGGCGCUCGCGGUGCCGCCGGGCAACGCAACCAAGACCACCCGAGGGAACGGCGUCGUGGCGUUCGCGUGGCCGAAGGAGGGCGCCAACCGCUGGAGCGGCUGGGGACCCCUUCCGGAGGGCGCGCCGGCGGAAGAUGUCAAGGCCUUCUACGCUCAGGAUUUCAUCAAUCGUGUUGACAAGAUUGGCACCAUCAAUAGUUACGCCCUUUUUGGGCACGCCGACAUCCUGGAGGUUGCGGCGGAAGCCGCCGGGAGGUGCAUCCAGGUGGUUGACCUACUUCAACCAGUGCUGGUGGAUGAGUUCGCGAGCCGCCCUCCAACCCUGAGCGUUGGCCUGCUCGAACAUUGCCGGAUCGUCUUGUCCGAGUGUGAGCAGGGCCGGUCCUGA